AAAAAAUUUAUGUCAAAUAGCAAAGAAUAACUUGAGAAAAUCCAACUUAGGUAAAUAAAGGAGAACUUCAAAAUUAAUUAUUAUUUUAUAUGGAAUCAUGUCAGUGAAGAAAUGUAUUUAUAAAGAUCAUAAAAACGAAGAAUCUGACAAUUUAUCAUCACCAUGUUUUCAAAUUAGUUCUGACGUGCAACUCAAAGAAGUCCCAACGAAUGGUGAGGAGUACCUUCUUAAAGUCAUUCAGGAGCGUAAGAAUAUAUCCACUGUGACAAAAUGCGAUAAAGACUUUUCAAAAUUUGCUAAAAAUCAAUCGUGUUUUGUAAAGGAGUUGCCACAUGCAGAAGCGCCAGAACAGUUCAAACCAACAAUAGAAUGGCAAAAUAUUCAAGUUGCAGACUUUUCAGAUGUCCGCAUGUAUAUAUCACGAUUACUAGCUAAAAAGUCUAUGUGGCCAAACAAACUUGAAAAGGUAGAAAUAUGUGAAAACAGUAUAGUGGGAUGGAAGGACUUCUUUGAAAAAGAGCCAACUUUGUCUUGUGUUCUUGGUUUAAACCACACUCUUUUGGAUGAUGGUUUAGAAGCACUUUCAGUUAUUAUUGAGAAAACAACCCCAGGCGACACAAUAGAUCAUAAAAUAGGACAAUGGAUAUAUGCAUUCUUAGCAUGUACAAGGCAACCACUUCUUUCAGACACCACAAGUAUAUUACGAAAUUUAGCUAGAAAGUGUGCAGAAAUUAGGUCUAGGAUAAAUCCAGAGGAUGAAAACGCAAAAACUGCAGUUGGACCGUUGAAUAUUUUUAUAUGUUUAGUAGGUCGGUACUUUAGACAAUACGAUUUAGCAGAUUAGAACUGAUACACAACAUAUGUAUAAUAUUAUUAUAUCUAUGACUUUGCAAUAAUGUUCCAGUAAUUUUAAACCAAUGUAUUAUUAAAAAAUUACUUCUUACAAAUA